UCUGUGAGGGCGCUCCAUUCAGCAAGCCGCACUGUCGUUGUGAAGGUAAAGAAUUCAUCCAAAUCCGCUUUUUCUCGGCACGAAACGUUUAGGGGAAAUGAUCCAAUAUCCCACCAGUGGUCAAAAAGUGGAGGAGAAGUACAUGACCCCGGGAUGUACGUUAUUUUUGAAAACAUGAAUUUUUUUGUGAGAAAGCGGUGCCAAUCGGGUACCAUACUUUCGCAAAUGGCGCCAGCUGUUGGAAACAGUUGGCCUAUGGCUAGAAACCUUUCCCGUGAAUGGACGGGAAAACAAAUUCGUAGCCACAGUGUAUUCCAUUCCGAGGCGGCUGUACGACGGACGGCAUACCAGUGAAUGGUAUCUGAACGUUUAAAAGUUUCUGCGAGUUUUGUACGGGAAGUGGACCAGACUGUGCAAGAUGGCGGCGUCCAUGGAGUAUUUUGGUCCUUUGGUGAUGUUAAUCACAGCGUUGAAGAUUCUACUGCUACCAGCAUACCGAUCGACUGAUUUUGAGGUUCACCGAAACUGGCUGGCAAUCACACAUUCCCUGCCCGUUUCAAAGUGGUACUAUGAGGACACUUCCAUAUGGACAUUGGACUAUCCUCCAUUCUUUGCCUGGUUUGAGUUUGCACUUUCACAGUUAGCACAGCAAUUUGACCCCGGCAUGUUAGUUGUGGCCAAUCUCAACUAUGCCACCCAAGCCACCGUCGUCUUUCAGAGGCUGUCCGUCAUCCUCACCGAUUUUGUGUUUGUCUUUGCAGUCAAAGAGUACUGUUCUUCUCUGGCCAAGAGGUGUGGUCGGAGGGAAUAUGCACAGCUGUUGGAAAAGCCCCAGUUUGUACUGGCUGUUCUGUUAGUUGGUAACUUUGGCCUGAUUCUGUUGGAUCAUAUUCAUUUCCAGUACAACGGUUUCCUGUACGGCCUGAUGCUACUGUCCCUCGCAAGAAUAAGUGAGGGGCGUAAUCUUGAGGGCGCUUUUUGGUUUGCCGUUCUCCUCAACUUCAAACACAUUUACUUGUACAUCGCCCCAGCUUACUUUGUGUACCUGCUAAGAUGUUACUGUUUCACAAGAAACAACAGAGAUGGAGGGGUGCAGUGGACCAGCUUGUCUUUUUCCAGGCUCUUCUCCCUCGGUGCUAUUGUAAUAAGUGUGUUUGCAGUGUCUUUUGGCCCAUUUAUCGCAAUGGGUCAGCUGCCUCAGGUUCUCUCCCGGCUUUUCCCCUUCAAGCGAGGGCUAUGCCACUCCUACUGGGCCCCUAACUUUUGGGCUCUCUACAACGUGGCAGACAAGGCAGCCACAGUCGCAGGCUUGAGACUGGAGCUAUUGUCUGCUGAAAGUCUUCAAGAUCAAGCAGCAUCGAUGACCGGAGGUCUGGUACAAGAAUACAACCACGCUGUCUUACCCUCUGUCCCUCCUAUUGCUACACUGAUACUCACUGUACUAACUGCUCUUCCAGCCUUAUUGCACCUGUGGAGGUACCCUAGUGGCCCUAGAGGUUUCAUAAGAUGCCUCACCCUGUGUGCCUACAGCUCUUUCAUGUUUGGCUACCAUGUCCAUGAGAAGGCAAUUCUGCUGGUCAUUAUACCCCUGAGUCUUCUAGCCAUGGAAAGUUUGAAGGAUGCUCAGGUGUUUCUCAUUGUGUCUGUUGUGGGUCACUACUCCCUCUUCCCUUUGCUCUUCACCCAAGAUGAAACACCCAUUAAAUUGUGCCUGAUGUUGGCCUUCACAAUCUUCAGUGUCAUUGGUACAACUCAUAUUCACAGAUACACCAAUAGGUUCCCCAACCUGCUCCCUAAUGUGCCCCAGCUGUCCACCAUUGAGACGCUGUACAUCCUGGGUCUGGUGCCCCUCUUCAUCUACAAGAAUCUCCUACACAGCAUGGUGCCUUCGCUGCAGCGGUAUGAAUUCCUGCCGCUGAUGUUGACAUCAGUCUACUGUGCUCUCGGUAUCACCUACGCCUGGCUGAAACUGAAUGUGGUAACACUAGGCAGAGGAGGCGGGAGACUAGACAAAUCCAGUUGAAACUUUUUGGUUUUGAACGCGUCUUUCUACUAAAUCAUCAUGUUUCUUGAAUUUGGUAUCUUUUCAAAUAAAUCUGCUUGACUUUAAGUUAUUCCAAGAAGGAGUGGUGACUGAAAUUUAUCUGAACCUUUACCUUCAGUGGGCAGUGUGAAAUUAAACUCUAAUUGGAGAAUCUAGGAAUGUUACUAAUUAAAUCAACUGCUGCAAAAUAUUCAAUAUGGAUUCCUUGGACUGUGACACAAGUAAUACAUCUAACUCCAAUUUGUGACUAGUAAAGGGGUUUAAGGAGUCCUUUUCUAUGUCUGCAUUUGUUUCAGUACAUCCCUUUGCCGUAAAAUAAUUUUUAAAAAUAAACCUAAUUUUCAGAUCACAGAAAGUUGAUUUUCAGCAUUCUUAUUCUUGAUAUAGAUUUAUCGUGUCAAAUUGUAACUCGCAUAUCAUUUGAAUUACUGUUCUUGCUCUUGUAUUUAUGAAGCUUUGUUAAUUAUCAUUGUUGAAUUAUACAACUUGUCCCAUGGAAUUUAAGUAGCCAUACAUAGGUUUGUUUUUCUCAUACAACAUACAAUCCAUGUAAUUUCCAUGCUUUUGUUCCAAUAUUUUGCUGAAACUUGAUCGUCUUAAGAGUCAGCUUCAUAAGGACCCAUAACCCCAGUUCAGAAGUUUCAUUAGUAUAAGUGGCUGAGGGUUAAGGUGGUGAAGUUUUGCCAGUUCAUUCCAAGAUUGUGGUGACUGGUCGCUAUCUAAUGCUGAAAUGCAGUCUCACCUCAUUACAUCUUUCUUUUCCUGCUUGUGAUUUUUAUAUUUUCUAAUCAGUAUUAUUUAAGGUAUUUUGUGACCUCGCUACUUACGCAGCAUAGCACAGCUAGUCCUCUGAAGGCUACACAGUGAAAAAGUACAGAGACCAGUCAUCCGUAAAAUUGAUUAAGCAUCACUUAGUUUUUUAAAAUUACAUUGAUCCCAUUUUUAAAUUUAAUUAAUGCAAAUAUCGAUGAGAAAAACUGAAUCGUAUAUGUGCACAUCUCCAAGAGUACUGAAGGUAUGAAAAUUUACCUUAACUUUUUUUUCAGAAUGGAACCACAGGAUUUGGACAUAUGGACAGUUUAUGAUUCAAUACUGUGCACAGGCCAGCCACAGUUGACGGAAGCGUGACGUCACAAUGGAGCAAACAAUUGGACAUAUGCUAUUCGUUGACUUCACAAUUUGUUAACUGAGUUCGUGCAAACUUCCCAGCAAGAAUGUUUAGGGCAUUAGGGUUAUGACCAAGAUUGUCAAUCAUGUUGACAGUCUUGACAAUCAUCCGAUGUCGGGCUUGUUGAAGAAGGGAUACCUGGAUUCUAACUGCUGUUCUGUUCUGAAACAUUUUGAUGCGGGUGUUUGAAAUAAAAUGACAAUAAAUACGAACAGCAUGGCAAAGGAUAAGCACAUUGUAGGUUUUUAACAACAUCUAAUUUUUUCACUCAUUUUGAGAUAGAAUUGUGUGAAACUUCAAAUUUCUGUGGUUGUAUUGACUGAGAUACUUCUUUUGUAAAUUUGCUUGAUUGUUGAACUAUGAACCCAAACAAGUUGUACCAUUUGCUGCACCUUGUAUUUUAUCUUGUCAUCAUUUUCCAAUUCUGGCUACCGGGGUAUUGUCUCAUCAGCGGCCAACAUGUUAGUGUAGACCUGAUGAGUGCCAGUGGAUUCUUUGGUUAUUUUCUUUAAACUCAUGUGCCUGAAUAAACAAAUACAUUGACCUUA